CGGUGGGCGCAUGAUAUUUGUUGGUUGACUCGUAUCGAGUGCUUGCAGAAAUUCAGCCGAAGCCAAGACAGAAAUGAGAAAAGGACUCCACAGCUGAAGCAUCCUUGAGAGGUGGCCAUCCAAACUCUAUUACAAACUCUAUUUUGGUAGAUGUUAUUCGCUAUCAAGUCAUCUUCAAUGUAUGGUGAGCCUAAGAAUGAGAGACAGCAUGGUGUAGCGGUUUGAGCACUGGACUAUGACUCUACAGAUCAGGGUUUGAUUCCAAGCAAGGCCAUGGAAACCUCCUGGGUGACGUUGGCUACAGAUGUACAACCAUCGUUUGUUACAGAGGAUCAACAGUGAGAUGUUUAUUGAGUGUGGCCCUCGGAUUGCAUUUGAAGAUCUUCCCAUGGUUGUAGUUGCUUCCGAAGGCAUUUGCUUCGACCCGCUGCUUUUUCAUCAUGCACCAGUUUCGUGGAUCUGGGUCCAAAGACACCGUCUUCCUCCAUUUAUCACAGAAAGGGCAUGACCAUAAGAGGGUGCAUGGAUUAUCGUAUGUGACAAUGAUUUUUUCCAAAAUCGAAUGGGCAACAUGUUAAAUAAGCUUCUGGAUAAAAGUUCGAAUUCAAGAAGGUGAUAAAAGAAGGGGAAAGAAGCCUUAUAUGUCAUCUCUGAUUAUUUACAGAAACAAACUCCAAGGUUCCUUAAAAAUAAAAGAUUUGUAUUCUCAAAAAGGCACAAAGAUAUUGUGACAAGCAGCAUUUAUGUAAGAUCUGGUUUCAUAAAAGCCCAAGAGGAUGCCAAGAAAGCAGAUGGGUUUCAUGUUUGCUGCUUCUCGAAUUGUCAUAUAGCCUUCUUAUUUCCGUGCUCCAAGAGCCCAGACCAGCUGAAUGGCGACCUUUAGCUGAUCAUCUUACACCGUCUUUGCGCUUCAUGAGAAACACAAUGGCAACUGGCGGUUCAGACUGCAAUGGUGAGAAUGAUUUUUCAAAGCGCUUCUACGCGAUCAUGUACACCAUCAUCCUGGUUCCAGGACUGAUCUGGAACAUUUUAGCUCUCUGGGUGUUUUAUGGCUAUAUGAGAGAAACGAAACGAGCGGUGAUUUUUAUGAUGAACCUUGCUGUUGCAGACUUGGCGCAGGUUUUGUCUUUGCCGCUCAGGAUUUUCUAUUACCUGUCCGAAAGCUGGUACUUGGGAAGAGAGAUCUGCAUGCUUUGCUUCUAUUUGAAAUACGUCAACAUGUAUGCAAGCAUCUUCUUCUUAGUCUGCAUCAGUGUGAGGCGGUUUUUAUUCCUCAUGUACCCCUUUAAGUUCAGCGACUGCAAACGCGUCUAUGAUGUGUACAUCUGUAUGGCUGGGUGGAUUGUCGUCUGCGUUGGCUGCUUGCCUUUCCCCCUUCUACGGCUUUCCCCUAAUGAGACCCAAGCUAACAAUAAGUGUUUUGUGGACCUUCCAGUUAAAGCCGUAGAUGGUACCAUCUCCAUUGCCAUGAUGACCAUUGGUGAACUGGUUGGGUUUGUGACACCUUUGCUGAUCAUCCUCUACUGUUCCUGGAAGACGAUCUUAUCUCUCCGAGAAAAUAAUUCAGUCUCCCAAGACCUUGGAGAGAAACAGAAAGCUCUCAAGAUGAUCCUGACUUGCGCCGUGGUCUUUCUGAUUUGCUUCGCUCCUUACCACAUCAGCUUCCCUUUGGAUUACUUGGUGAAAGCCAACAAGAUAAAAGACUGUUAUGCCCGGAAAGUGAUUUUGAUAUUCCAUGCGGUGGCCUUAUGUCUUGCCAGUUUAAACUCAUGCGUGGACCCGGUCAUUUACUACUUUACUACUGAUGAGUUCCGAAGACGGCUCUCCAGGCAAGAUUUACAGGACAGUAUCCAGCUCCACAACACGCGCUAUGGAAAUAGGAAUGACCCGAAACAUGGGACUGCCAUUGAGGGGGUGGUGGAAAAUCCAAAUUAUACUCCCUGAAAUGGCUUCACUGGACUACAGAGACUCAGAAUCUUAUUGUUGUGGCAUGGGCAAGGUUCUCAUGUCCUUGAUAAUCUAUAGCAUACUUGAUUUUUCAGGAUGGCACCAGUAGCUUUUGGCAAGCAUUCUGUUAGUGACAUAAGUUUCCCUUAUGGAGCCCUGGUGGCGCGGUGGUUAAAUGCCAGUGCUGUAGCCACAAGGUUGUGAGUUCGA